AUGAUAGCUAUUAUUUCAGAACGUAAUAAUAAAAUAGAUCUUGUUAUCAAAACAACUGCAGGAUCUGUACUUCAAAUUUCUUUUCUUAUAUCACCAAUUCUUAUAAUUACUGGAUGGAUCAUGAGUUUACCUGUUAGCAUGUUAUUCAGUCCGUUUAUAGUAUUUAGUUUAGUAAUAUCAUCUCUUUUAUUCAAAAUAUUCAUAAUAGACAGUGAAUCAAAUCUAAUAGAAAGAAUGAUUUAUGAUGAUGAAACAAUAAUUAAUACUGUAAUGUCAUACAUUGAAUCAAAUCCAAAAAAUUAUGAUGAUAAUUCAAUACUUAGAAAUCCUAAUAUUAAAAAUACUUAUAAUUUUGAUUUAAUAUACAAAGAAGUAGAAGAAAAAAAUUUGAAUUAUUCUUCAAUAAUCGCAAAAUAUAAUACUGAUUUAAAAAUAAAAAGAUAUGAAAAAUCUGAAUCUUUCAAAUUCAUAGUUAAUCGUGAAGCAAUGAGAUAA